AUGUCUCUAGGCCUCCCUGAUCUGAGCCCAAGUGUCAGUCCCAAAAGAGAGCAGCAUCAGCAGGGACCUAGUAUCUGGUACCAGCUUGGCCACUUCCUAGGUCUACUGGAUUUCAUGUUCUCCAUGAGCAUUCAUGAGUUCCACGUGCCAAUGGACUUCAAGCAAAGAGUGGAGAUGGCCGAUGAAGAUCUGUAUGCAGUGAUGCAAGCCAAGGAUCAAGGUGGUGAUGGCAAAGGAGUCAAGGGCCGGUCUCCUAGUGGCAGAAGUUCCUUCAGCAGUGUGAGAGUGGUGAUAUCGAGUCCUGUGAGGCCCAGGAGGCCAGACUCCCAGCAGGCAGCUGGAACAGUCGGUGACAGAGCCCGAGGGAGCGAGGAGCCACUGCUGCUGCUGCUGCUGCUGCUGCCGCCGCUGUUGCUGCUGCUGCUGCUGCUGCUGCUGCCCCAGCUGCCGCCUCUGCCGCCGCCGCCGCCGCCGCCGCUGCCAGUCGGAGGAAUCAUGUCCCGCAAAGGCAAAAGUGGCGUCUCUUCCAUGAAUGAUGAGGAGGCCCUUACGUUCUCUUCCGAUGAAGCAAAAGGCGAUGAUCUCCAGGAAAUUAAGAAGGAGCUGGUGAAGAUUGAGGAGAAGGUGGAUGCUCUGCUGGCCAGCCUGGAGCAGAUGGAAAGUGAUCCGAGUGAGCAAUGUGAACCCUACGUGAGGAAUAGACCUGAGGAGGAGAUGGAGAGCAACAAUACCAUGCAGGAUGCUGAGACCAACAUGGAGAUGGAGGAGAGUGGAGGCAUCGAUGACGACGCCGGAAACCAUGCUUAGGAGGGGCCCGCCUGGAGGAGGAGGACAAUGAAGAUCAAGGCAGAGAGGACCAGCUGGGGUGGCUCUAGAAUGAUGGAGGAGGGGUGGUGGUGGUGGAGGUAGUGGUAGCGGCAGCCCUGGAGGAGUUGGAGGGCAACAGAAACACCCUCGGGGCGAGCAGUGCUCUUUAGCACCCGUGGGUCCCAGAUCAAAGGAUCGCCCCUUAUUGUCACAGCUAGGCCCUUGUCCUAGAGCCAGCCUUCCCAGGUCCUCUCCCAUGGUAUCUUCCAGCAUAUGCUCCUGUUGUCCUCAACCUUACUCUCCCCAGGCUCAUUAGCUCCCCUCCCUUCUACAGGUGGCCCCUUCCCUGUUAGCUGUGACUCUCCCUAGGAGUUUACAGUAAGGCCCCUGUCAGUUUGCUCACUUAACUCUCAUAACUUUUUUCUGGUUCAACAAUAAAAAGUUCUAUUGCUCUG